CCCAGGUCCCCCAACCACCGACCUCGCCAGCCGCCUUCUGUUUAUGGCGCUAAUUGUACGAAUAUGUACAUAUCUUGUAUCUUGCAUCUUUUAUCCGUACCACCGUCGGUCGACCUUCACUUGUCAACCGUCACUCCCUUCAUCUUUUCACCUCGUCACUACUCCUCCUCUCGUCGUCCUCGUUUACUUCUUUUCCUUGCAUGUAGUGUGCCACAAUCCUAUGGAAUGCGACGAGUGCAUUCUACUGAGCGAAUUUGGUUACACAACUGCGGCCCCCCCCCACCUCAGUCAUAAGACGCGUCCCGUCAUAACCAUAACAGGACCUCGACAGCUUCAGCUUCAGCUUCGGCUUCGGCCUCGGGCUCGGCCUCAGCCCACCACCUCUCUGCUCUCUUUGCGUUUCACCACAUAUCGAAGCUCUGCACUCGCAAGUGCGGGACACCACUCCUCUUACCGAAUGCGAUCAGAUACUCGUUAAUAGUUCUACGAGAAACGCCGGCGUCGCCUCUGCCGAGGGGGGAAGAGAUAUCCAGACGCGUCGCAAGCUGAUCCCGACCCUCACACUGCCUUUG